CUUUAUUCAAUUAUUAUUAUUGUUAUUGUUAUUAUACCUCACCCAUCUGACUGGGUUGUCCCAGCCACUCUGGCCGGCUUCCAACACAUAUAAAAACAUAAGAAAAUAUGAAAACACUUUUUUAUUAAAAAAAACUUCCCUAUACAGAGCUGCCUUCAGAUGUCUUCUAAGGGUCGUACGGCUGCUUAUCUCCUUGGCUCGGGAGUCGCAUAAUUCGAUGACCGAUUAAAAUGGGGACAUUUCUACCAUACCCUCCAAUGCAUCUCUGAUGAAAAUCAGGACGUCCUAAGGAAAAGCGGGACAUUCUGGGAUCAAAUCGGAAACCGGGAUUCUGUAAAUCCGGGACAGCUCCUGGGAAAUGGGGACACUUGGGUGGUCUGCAAGCAAUGCACCCAUUCUUUCCACCGUGCCACUGAUGUAAUACAAGGGUUGCCAGUAUGGGGCCCAUAGGUGGCACCGAAACCUCCUGUGGUGCCUGCAAAGGGUCUCCAGAAAUUUCCAUUUUUGUGCCAUGCUCCCACUGGAUUCAUUUUGUGAUAUGCCAUCCCUCAGGGUGGAUUUGAUUUAAAUCAAAUCGAUUUAAAACACUAGUCAGUAAGACUUGAUUUAAAUCGUACAUUUUUUUUACAGAAAGACAUUCCUGCUAGUAUACCGGUAAUCUUAGUAUUUACAACCAGGUGGAGAUUUCAUUUUUUGAAUAAUAAAUUUUCAGAGCAGUUUUUACAGUUAUAUCAGAAAUUACUGACCUGGUUAUACUACAGUGGAACCUCGGUUUAUGAACACCUCGGUUUAUGAAUUUUCGGUUUAUGAACGCCGCGGACCCAUCCGGAACAGAUUAAUUCAUUUCCCAUUACUUUCAAUGGGAAAGUUCGCUUCAGUUUAUGAACGCUUCAGUUUAAGUACUCCGCGGACUGUCUGGAACAGAUUAAUCCACUUUCCAUUACUUUCCAUGAGAAAGUUCGCUUCAGUUUAUGAACGCUUCGGUUUAUGAACAGACUUCCGGAACCAAUUGUGUUCAUAAACCGAGGUACCACUGUAUUAGAAAUACAUAGACAGAUAAUUAUGAAAUGAUUGCAAGGUUUCAUAAGUUAACUGUUUAUAUUUGGACAACUUUUCUGCUGUGCUUUAUUGGAAGGAGAAAAAGAAUCAUUUCCUUAAUAACAAUUUAAACAAUUUCUUUAACUAAAAUGAUAACAUUAUAGCGUAUGUUUCCAUGUUUGUUAACUGAUGUGGCUACACUUUUUUUAAAAAAAACAACUUAAGACUGUUUCAGCACACAUGAAAAACUUAAAAGAAAUCCUUAUUUCCUGAUGGAUAAUAGCCUUUGGACUAUAAUGUAACUUAAACAGAAAGCUAUCUUGAGAAAGAUUUUUUUUCCCUCCAAAAGCAUUUUAUUUAAAAAAUCCAAUUUAAAUCCAAAAAUCAAUUUAAUUUUUUUUAAAAAUCAUGAAAACACACACACACACAGUGGUGCCUCGACUUAUGAAUUUAAUCCGUUCCGAAGGCAACUUCGUAGGUCGAAAAAUUCGUAAGUCGAAAAGCACCAUUGGAAAGGCGAUUUCCCAUAGGAAUGCAUUGGAAACAGAAAAAUACGUAAGUCGAAGCAACCCCAUCUAAAAAUUCGUAAGUCGAAAAAACCCUAUCUAAAACCGCCGCGGUUUCCAUUCGGAUGUCGAGAAAUUCGUGAGUGUGUGGCCAUUUGCCCCACUCGUAAGUCGAAAAAUCCGGUUGUCGAGUCGUUCAUAAGUCGAGGUACCAAUGUAGUUGAUUUUUAUCCGCCCUCCACUCCCCCCACAUGACAGCCGUUUUGUGACUGGCACCCACCAUAGCACAUUUUUUUCUUCCUUUCAAAAUUCCAAUUGUUGCCACUGGUCAAAAAAAGGUUGCCAAACCCUGAUGCAACAUAGGGAGCAGGCACUCGAUAUCAAAACGGGCUCCAUUUGACCAGGCUCCAAUUUUGCUACCUGCCACCGCUAUGCUACCUCCCUGGCCAGCAAUUUCUGCAGGGCCACAGGUUUAUAUCCCUGGUAUAUAACCCAGUUGGCCUUAGUCUUCCAUUCUUUAUCAUCAUCUCCUCCUUCUUGGCUGAGAGCAAUAGCGAGCAACCGCCUUGUAAACUGUCCAUCUUUAUUUCCUCUUAGACAUUCUGAGGAAUACUUGCCCCUUUUUUUUUUGCCCUGGGGAAACUUGGGAAACUUUGUUGUACAGAAAUAGGAUUCUAGGGCCCUAGCAUUUCUCAAAUCUGCCUUUUGUUCUCUUGUGGCUUUUGGCAUUUGUUACUGUUUCCAAAGCAGGAUAUGCAUAACGCCGAACCAAACUUAGCUUCUUUUAACUUCUCGGAGGAGAUAGUAGCAGGAGGAAAUGAGCCGGGCAAACCUCUUGGGUCCUCUUGAAUUAUGCCGUGCAAAUGGAGCAUCGCAUGUGGGUCUCGAUCCUGCAAAUUCUACCCGCCUCCCCGCCAAAAUGCAGUUUGUUUAUAGGUUUGCAAAGCUCUGUUUAGAUUCAGGUAAGGGCAGGUUCCCAAGCAGAAUAGUGCAUAUUGUGGAUUCCCACAACUGUUUACUUCCCCGAAAGCAAAGACUUCCAUUACAUAGAUCAACUUGUUCACCUGGGGGGGGGGGAGCCACUCAUAGGAAAGAAUACAUGUUGUGCAAAAAUUCUCCUCUGGAGUACUGAAGUUUUUAAAAAUAAUAAUAAUAAUAAUAAUUAAUAACAACCCCUUUAAACACACACGGCAUCAAUCUUCCUGAAAAUAGAGAUUUGCUCACUGAAACCGACGGCUAUCCAUUAAUAAAUUUGUAGGUAAAUUCAGUAGAAGACACUCCAGUGGAUUUUUAACGCUCUUAUUUAGCAGAUCAUUAGAAUAAUUCGGCAAAUUCACAGCUCAAUAGUCUCGUGCUUACACAGAAAUAAGUCCCACUGUGUUCAGUGGGGUUUCUUCUUUAGUAAGCAUGUUCACGAUUCCAAUCUUUGGCUUCGAUCCUAUAUCCACUUAUCUGGAAGUAAGUUCCACCGGAUACAGUAGGACUUACUUCGGUGUAAAUGUGCAUGGGAUUGCACUUUUAAUGUGGAUUUAACCUCCCUGUGUCAUUGUAGCAUCAGAGAAUGCUAUUUAAGGUUGACCUAAAAGGAAAAAUGGAGCUGAUCCUCUGAAUCACCUCCAUCACUGAGGGAGGAAGGGGGUGCUGUGGGUGUGGUCUGCAUCCUUGGAGGGAGGUGACAUCGCCGCCCCACCCCCACAGGUCUGCCUCUGACCUCCAUGUCCCCAAAACAUCAUGUUGGAGCAGUUUGUAGACACAUCUGUUUGGGAGAAAUAUAUCCAAGAUUUGUUGCUCUACCCAGCCUACAAUUCAGACAAAUUGCUGCACGCCCAUCCAUCCCCAAAGCAGACCUAAAUGUCCAGAGAAAAUAAAACCGACCCUUGCCAAAUUAACACCUUAAUUCUGCUCACCCAAAGCCAACCGGUGCUGCUUAGAAACGUUUGGCAGCUCUUUCCUUAUCACAUGUGAGCUCAGUUCUCAGUUGGAAAUGUAGCCGGGGAAGAAACUGAGAGGAGGGGAGAUAGGAUUGGACAUCUGUGAAAAGAACGUGGCUGGCUGACUGGAACAGUGAACAAGACCCUCCGCGCUGCAACAUUUUGUUGCAGCUCUUUGUCUCCUUUGCUAAUCUCUUGAGCAUGGGUAGGCAAACUAAGGCCCAGGGGCUGGAUCCAGCCUUCUAAAUCCGGCCCGCGGACAGUCCAGGAAUCAGCGUGUUUUUACAUGAGUGCUUUUAUUUAAAAUGCAUCUCUGGGUUAUUUGUGGGACAUAGGAAUUCAUUCUUUUUUUCUCCUUUUUUUCCAAAAUAUAGUCUGCCCCCCCCAAAAAGGGCAUCUUUCCUACAUUGCUUUCUAAACAGUGUGAAUGCUGAUCUUCUAAGGUGAACUUUCAGGGAGCAGCGCCAUCAACCCCCCCCCUCCUCCCCUAGCCCUUAAAAAAAUCAAUCUCUCAACACCCACCCACUUUUUCUCACUUAUGUAGCUGAAAAGCUAAGAAGGAUUCCAACGGCUAAGUAUGAUGCCAGCGUUGCUUAUUACAGAACCUGACCAUCAAUGAGGACCCCGGGGGGUUCCAGAUCAGGUUCUGGAGACUAGAAUGACCCCCGAGAAUCCAGAAGUUAGCCAUUAUAAACAGAUAAAUCAAGAAAACAAAAGGAUUUCCCCCACCCCACCCCACCCUAAAAGCCUUUUAUGGGGGCCUGCAAGUUUGAAUAGUAUCUCUGGGAGUAAUUAGAAUAGGAGGUGGACUGGCACAUUUUCACAUACCACACAUAGGCGGAGGGGCUUGUUAUUCUCUUAAUUCUUCCUAUUGGAGGAUGUCCCUAUUGUUUCUGACAGCGCUGGCCGUGACCUGUUGGGGGUUCUCAAAGUGCAAUCCUCUCCCCCCCACCACCACUCCCCAGAGCGGCAGAUAAGUGUUUAGAUGUAGGAGAUGGAUGGAGCUCGCAGAGAGCCUCUCGAAUCCUGCUGAUGCAUAAUGCCUUUAAGAUCCUGCCUUUCCCCAUCCUAAUCUACAGAGGAAACAGGAAAAAGGAACUUAAAACUCCCUUUGCUUGCUCAGACAGCCACAGAGUUUUGCUCUAGCCCACUCUCGGUCUUGCAGUUAACUUGUUGCUUCCUGGGCCGGCGAGCAUCGCUCGGCGAUGCAAGCAAAGAGCAACGACUGAGGGGUCUUUUACCACUGAAAGGGCAUCUGUUAUUCCGUGAACUGGAUGGAUAUACUUGGCAAAGCAGGGACUGUUUUACCACUUCUGGUUUUCUGCGCAUUCAGCCUCAUUCUUUCAGGUAAUGUGGAAGGAGCAUUUGACUUGAUACUGAUCAAUUCCCUCCCUACCGUGGCUGAUUCAGAGACAUCGCUGACCUGCAUCACAUCGAGAUGGCGUUCUCGGGACUCGAUCACCAUUGGGAGAGACUAUGAGGCCUUGAUGGGCCAGCACCCGUACCCCCUGGCCGUGGCUGAAGACGAGGCGAGAGGGGCAGCGAAGAAAGUGGUAUGGCCAAGGGAAAAAUCCGGUGAAAGCAUUGGAGCGUAUUUCUGUGAAGGAAAAUUCAAAGACAAAGCAAUGAGGGUACAUACGAUGAAGAUGCAACAAACAGCUACCUUUCUUCCAGUGGCUUUAACCAUUACCACAAACCGCGGAGAACCUGUCGACAUUCCCUUCAUCAGAAAGGUUGUUAAGGAAGAAGAUGCAGUUAUCUAUAAAAAUGGUUCUUUCAUAUCUUCUGUCCUCAGGCAUGAAGUCCCAGAAGUGCUAAAAGUGUCCUUGCAGAAUGACCAGACGCAAGAUUCAGCAGUGUACUCUGUCAGAUACAUAGGAGGAAGCCACUUCACGUCAGCUUAUACCAGGCUGAUAGUAAGAAGGUGUGCAUCUCAAAAAUGGGGACCCGACUGUAGCUCUCACUGUCCAGAGUGCAAGAACAACGGCAUCUGCCACGAAGAUACCGGGGAGUGCAUUUGCCCCCCUGGCUUCAUGGGGAAAACGUGCGAAAAGGCUUGUGGAGAAAACAAAUUUGGCAAGGCUUGCCAGGAGAGCUGUAAAGAAAAGUCAGGUUGCAAAUCUUUUAUGUUUUGCCUGCCUGACCCAUACGGCUGUUCAUGUGCCUCAGGAUGGAACGGACUUCAGUGUGAUGAAGGUUGUAAGCCCGGUUUCUAUGGGCCCGAUUGCAAAGUGAAGUGCAACGGCUGCAGCAACCGGGGAACGUGCGACAGCUUUAAAGGCUGCAUCUGCCACGUGGGUUGGCACGGUCUGGAAUGUGAAAAAGAAGGUGCAGCAGAUGAAUCACCCGAGAUAAAGAACUUGCCUAGUGCUGUAGAACUCAAUGCCGGUUCGGAGUUCAAAUCUAGCUGUAUAGCUACCGGCAAGCCACUUCCUACAAACGAAGAAAUUAAACUGAUUAAAAAAGAUGGGACGGUCCUUAAGCCUACCCAAGUGGCAAAUAGAAACGAGUCCGAAGCUACGGAAGCCACAUUUCAUGUUGAAAAAGUGCAGCCUUCUGAUUCUGGAACAUGGGUCUACAUUGUUGAGACAGUAGCGGGCAUGGUGGAACAACCUUUCGAAGUCACAGUUAAAGUUCUUCCCAUGCCUCAAAAAGCUCCAACACUGGUACAAAGAGGACAUAAUUUUCUCGUCAUCGAUACAAAUGCUGAUACAUAUAGCGGGGAUGGGCCGAUUGUAUCAACGCAGCUUCUCUACAAAACCGCCAAAUUUCAGUGGAAGUCCUUGGAAGUCACUGAAAGGAUCUGGAAGUUAAGCGAUCUGGAACCCAAAACAGAAUAUUCCUUCUGUGUCCGGCUGACUCGCAGAGGAGAAAAGGGCGUGGGGCAUCCUGGGCCAGAGGCCAGCUUCACUACAGCUGCUGUUGGCCUCCCUCCGCCAAGGGGGCUCUCCCUCAUUCCUAAAGGCACGACGGCGCUGGCCUUGUCUUGGCAGCCAGUGGGCCAGCAGGUGGGAGAGGAUGUCCACCUCGAAGUGGAAUGGAAGAGCGUGGAUGAUAAGAGCAGGGGUGUCACCCCGACCCAUCGGCUGUGGGGAAACGAGUCUGCCUUGGUCAUUGACAAUCUGGAGCCCAGGCACCACUACAAGUGCCGAGUCCGCGUGAAUAGCAAGUCCGAAGGAGAAUGGAGUGACUAUCUGGACGCAUGGACCUUCAGUGACCAACGUCCCCCUGCACCUGAUAACUUCACAAUUAUAAAUGUCACUGACUCCUCGGCCGUCAUCUCUUGGUCGACUGCGGUUGGGCAUUCCAUCUCCUCCAUCAUUCUCAGCUACAAAGGCCGUGGCAAGACGGAGCACAACCACAUCGAUGUCACCAUCAAAAACACAACAGUUACCCAGUACCACCUCAAGGGUCUUGAAUCAAACACUGAAUAUGUGGUUCAGAUAAGGGCACAGAACAACGUUGGACCAAGCGAUAAUCUUUCGGCUGAACUGAAAACUCUCCCAGAAAUGAAAGUUCCCACAGUUCCAUUUGAGUCCAAAGGAGGGAGAAUGCUACUGAUUGCUAUCUUGGGCUCUGCAGGGAUGACCUGCCUGACGAUUCUGCUGGCCUUUUUCAUCAUGCUGCAGCUAAAGCGUGCAAAUUUCCAGCGGCGAAUGGCCCAGGCCUUUCAAAACGUGGUGAGAGAUGAGCCAGCUGUACAAUUCAAUUCAGGAACUCUUACUCUGAGCCGGAAAGCCAAAAAUAGCCCAGAACCCACGAUCUACCCAGUUCUAGAGUGGAAUGACAUCAAAUUUCAGGAUGUGAUUGGAGAAGGCAACUUCGGCCAAGUUCUCAAAGCACGAAUCAAGAAGGAUGGCUUGCGAAUGGAUGCAGCCAUUAAAAGGAUGAAGGAAUAUGCCUCCAAGGAUGAUCACAGAGAUUUUGCUGGGGAACUGGAAGUACUUUGUAAACUUGGACAACAUCCGAACAUCAUAAACCUUUUGGGAGCAUGCGAACACCGAGGGUACCUCUACCUCGCUAUUGAAUAUGCUCCCCACGGAAACCUGCUAGACUUCUUGCGGAAGAGCAGGGUCUUAGAGACCGACCCGGCCUUUGCCAUUGCCAACAGCACAGCCUCCACACUCUCCUCGCAGCAGCUACUGCACUUUGCAGCGGAUGUGGCCCGAGGGAUGGACUACCUAAGUCAAAAACAGUUUAUCCACCGGGAUCUGGCAGCAAGGAACAUCUUGGUUGGAGAAAACUACGUUGCAAAAAUAGCAGAUUUUGGACUGUCUAGAGGCCAAGAGGUUUAUGUUAAAAAGACAAUGGGAAGGCUUCCAGUGCGAUGGAUGGCGAUUGAGUCCCUAAAUUACAGCGUGUAUACCUCAAACAGUGAUGUGUGGUCAUAUGGCGUGCUAUUAUGGGAAAUAGUUAGCUUAGGUGGAACACCCUAUUGUGGGAUGACUUGUGCAGAACUGUAUGAGAAACUUCCCCAAGGGUACAGACUGGAGAAGCCUCUCAACUGCGAUGAUGAGGUUUAUGACCUAAUGAGACAAUGCUGGAGAGAAAAACCUUAUGAGAGGCCAUCAUUUGCCCAAAUACUCGUAUCACUGAACAGAAUGUUGGAAGAAAGAAAGACUUAUGUGAAUACAACCCUGUAUGAGAAGUUUACCUAUGCAGGCAUUGACUGUUCUGCUGAAGAAGCUGCUUGAGAUGGAAAAUCUUCAGUUAUUUAUCAUUUUGAGCAACCUCGAAAGAUGAUGAAAUGUGCUGAUGUACAAAACUGUGUAGAACGCUUUCUGUACAAUAUCUUCUUAGCUAUAUACACACUUUUGAGUGAGUCCCGAAUCAGUAUGCUGUAGGAAUGUGUAUGUAUGUGUGUACAUAGGUAUGUUUGUGUGUUUAUGUGUACUGUGUGCAUGUGCAUUAUAUAUAUCUAUAUAAAUCUUUUGUCUGCCUAUACAUGCACUUACACAUACAUACACUUUUUGGAAAGAGAAAGUGACUGAAAUAAAUACAUUUUACAUUUCA